UUUCUCUCCUCCCCAAGAAGACUCCACAGAGAGAGAGAGAGAGAGAGGCGGAGCGCGGCGGCCAUGGCGCGGGAGCUGAGCAAGAAGAACCUGGAGUUGGUCCUGAUGCAGGCCAUGAUGGCUGCCAAGAACGUGCGCACGCAGCGCGACCGCCUCCUCGAGCUCCACCGCCGCCUGCACCGCCACCAGCACCAGGCAGACACCGACGCCGACGCCGAGGCCGAGCUCGGGCAGAUCGCCUCGGACGUAUUCAAGGUCUACUACCUCGGCCUGGAUCCCGGCGCCAGGAUGCUCUGGGUCUGCCUCGACACCGCCGUCAAGAACCGCGCCGUCUCCGCCGUCAACAUGGCCUUCGCCCUCCUGCCCGACGAGCGGCUCUACGACGCGCUCCUCGCGCAGAAGCUCCCUGCCCGCCCCACCACCCAGCCCCAGGCCAUCGCCCGCGUCGAGUCCGCCGUCCUCGCCGUCAAGAUGCUCGAGGAGCACCACCUCCCGCGCUGCGUCGAGUGCCUCGUCGGCGGCCACGCCCCCGUCCCCGGCAAGCCCCGCGACCUGGCCAAGGCCGAUCUCUCCGACGACCCGGACGCCACCGCCACCAAGCCCCGUCACGUAGCCAGCGGCCAAGACGUGGACAAGGCGCUCGACUACCUGUGCCGCGCAAACCGGAUCACGACCCUCGCCAUCAAGCACAUCGACCUCGCCGUCGCCGUGCUCUCCCGCUUCCUCGACCCCAAGGAGCUCGCCCGCCUCGCCGACUUGACCGACCGUGCCGCCUACCUCGGAGUUGAGAUUAGCCAGCCCACUACUUCUUCACCUGACCCAUCAUCUUCACCGGCGACAUGGGACUGAAGGGCGGUUCAAGCCAUGCUCCUCCUAUCACUCAUUUUUUACUUGCUUCAUCUAUCAUGCAUCUUUCAGAUGUUUGGACAGAUUACUUUGUUGCUAUGCUAGCACUAUGAUCUGUGUUUAACUAAUUCAUCUAUAUUAGCUUCAUCUGUUAUGGCUUAUGGGUAAAUAAAUGUUGUAGUGUAAUGUUGAACUGCAUCUUAUCUGUGGGGCGAUCGAAUCGAAUUGCAGGAACUAUAGUUAUUAAUUAA